AUUAACGCUCUUCAGCAGACGUGGCCUCCUUUCCGGACGUCUCACCUGAGCUGCGAGCGCGCGCGGCCGACAGUCGUCCGUCCGACGCCGAGCAGGAAACACCCACUGCGAGGUUCCAGCCGUCCGCCAUCAUGGUCGCCACACUCUAUUACAUGAAGCCCUCCCCCUUCACCCGGCCGGUCCUUCUGACGAUGAAGGCCCUUGGGAUCACGCUGGAACUCAAGGAAGUCAACACCUUCAAGGGGGAGCAGCUGAAGCCCGAAUUCGUGGCCAUUAACCCGCAGCACACCGUCCCCACGCUGGUCGACGGAGACCUCACUGUCUGCGAAAGCAAAGCCAUCUGCACGUACCUGAUAGCCAAGCACGGCAAGGACGACGACCCGCUGUACCCGAGGGACCCGAAGGUGCGCGCCAGGGUCGACAGCCUCCUGUACUUCGACAUGGGGACGCUCUGGGCUCGCUUCAGCGGCUACUUCUUCCCGAUCCGCUCCGGCAAGGCGACGCCCGAGACGUCGCAGGAGAGCCUGGGCAAGCUGCACGAGGCGCUGGGCUGGCUGGACGGCUUCCUGACGCGGGGCCGCUUCGCCGCCGGGACGGACCACGUGACCGUCGCCGACCUGGUGCUCGUGGCCAACGUGUCGGGCUUCGAGGCCGGCGGCAUCCUGCCCGACAAGUACCACAACAUCCGCGCGUGGCUGGACAGGUGCAAGAAGGAGAUGGCCGGCUACGAGGAGGCCAACGGCGAGGGAGUCAAGUUCUUCGGCGAGUUCGUCAAGACGACGCUGAAGGGAGGCCAGUACUUCAGUCAACGGUCGGACGUGCUCUGCCCCACACGCCCAUCAGCGCCUCCUCCGAAAUACUUGCACUUCGUUUCCUUCCACAGCGUCAAGAUGACCAUCGACUUCUACUACUUCCUGCCGUCGCCCUUCUGCCGCUCCGUCCUGCUCACCGCCCGCGCCCUCGGACUCAGCCUCAACCUGAAGGAGACCAACGUGUGGGAGGGAGAGCAGAACAAGCCCGAGUUCGUCGCCCUGAAUCCCCAGCACAGCGUCCCCACUCUGGUCGACGGAGACGUGACCCUGUGGGAAAGCAGGGCCAUCUGCACCUACCUGGCGUCCCGGUACAGCAAGGACGACUCCCUCUACCCGCAGGACCCGAAGGUGAGGGCCAGGAUCGACGCCCUCCUGUACUUCGACAUGGGGACGCUGUGGCCACGUUUCAGGAACACUAUAAGCGCCAGCCCGACGCAGGAGAGCUUGGACCAGUUCCACGAGGCGCUGGGCUGGCUGGACGGCUUCCUGGGCCGAGGGCGCUUCGCCGCCGGGACGGACCACGUGACCGUCGCCGACCACGUGCUGGUGGCCAACGUGGCUUCGUUUGAGGCGGCCGGACGCCUGCCGGGGACGGGCCAGAAGGUCGGCGCCUGGCUGGAGAGAUGCAGGAAGGAGAUGCCGGGCUACGAGGAGGCGAACGGGCGGGGGGCGAGGGCGCUGGCCGAGCGCCUCCGGGCGAGGCUGAGCGGCGGCUCGUAG